AUGGCAGAACCAACGGUAACCCCCAGUGACGAAAAGGCAAGGAUUGUCCGGGAAAGACUUACUCUAUAUGGGCUGAACCCCUCCGUAGAGCUGGUGCAGCAACUGAUGGCAGAGGCCGAGGCGGACAUACAACGGGCUAGAACCCACGAACUCAACAUG